AUGGCAUCUCAGAAAAUAGUCCUUGAAAUCAAGUCUCGAGGGAAACCGAUACGGAAGCUUCCCAAAAGUAUCUCAGUUGACAGAGAUGCAUCCGCCGCGAGUUUGUACGCCGCCAUCUCGCAACAAGCCCAGUUCUCACUCCACCGGUUGAGAAUCACCAAAGCAAGUGACGGGACCUUGAUAAAGAACACCAAGGAUACCGUGAUUGAGUCCACAGGCCUUCGCAACCAGAGUGUAAUCUAUGUCAAAGACCUUGGGCCACAAGUCGCAUGGCGCACCGUCUACUUUGUCGAAUACCUUGGCCCCUUGAUCAUGCACCCUCUCCUACUCUAUGUGCUCCGCCCAUACAUCUACCGGAGUCCCACCCCGCUCCCCGCUCCGUCUGACCUCCAGCGCUUCACCUGCCUCCUGUUAGUGCUGCACUUCGUCAAACGUGAAAUCGAAACCGUCUUCGUUCAUCGAUUUAGUCUCGCCACCAUGCCAGCGAGCUAUAUCAUUCGCAACAGCGCCCACUACUGGAUUCUUGGCGGGGCCAAUCUGGCCUACUGGGUUUUCGCUCCAGGCUCUCCGACUGCUAGAUCCAAGGCGAAUCCAAUCCUUCUCUACAGUGGCAUUGCCCUCUUUGUGUUUGGCCAAUUGGCCAAUCUUAACGCUCAUCUCACUCUACGGAAUCUUCGGAAAGAAGGUGACACUACGAGAAAAAUACCCUCCGGGUUUGGCUUCAAUCUGGUUACCUGUCCAAAUUAUCUCUUUGAGGUCAUUGCCUGGUUGGGUGUUUACCUUGUGAGUUCAUUGAACUGGAGUGUGCUGCUGUUCAUUGUCGUUGGUUCCGCAACAAUGAUGCGCUGGGCUAGCCAAAAGGAACGGAGAUAUAGACGAGAAUUUGGAGAUAAGUACAAGCGGAAGAGAUACGUCAUGCUCCCAGGCCUUUGGUGA